AUGCUACGCACAACAGGACUGCAGUGGGGAGCACCACCAUGGGUGCUUAAGAGGUGGUACCAAGCAAUAACAGAAAGAAUUGUUCUCUACGGCGUAGCGAUCUGGGGAAAUACACUCAACGUAAGCAUGCGUAGAUUACUCCUGUCCAUGCAAAGGCUGCAACUCUUGUUCAUCUGCAAGGGCUACAGAACUACUUCAACGACAGCUCUGCAGGUUCUAUCAGGAAUUCCUCCGCUAAACCUGCAAGCGGAAAGGGAGUCGUUAAUUGCAAGAGUGUUAAAGCUAGGUGAGGAUGGAGUUCUAUGGGAACAACACCACUUUGCUGAAGACUUUGAAAAACACAAGCCAGUGACGCAAGGACAUCCGGCUGAAACACAUCUAAAAAAGUGUAUUCUAGGUCACUAUGUGACACCAAAAGAUAACCACACAGCUAUAUUUACAGAUAGCUCAAAAACCGAGACGGGUACUGGCAGUGCCUUCUGCGUUCUAAAAGGUAAUACAGCUGGGUAUAAAUGGAAAAGAAGACUUGGCAUUAGGAACUCAGUAUUCCAAGCUGAGCUGGCAGCACUUAAAGCAGCAAUUAAUUAUGUGAAGAGGAAGAGACUUAUCCACAUUACUAUUUACAGUGAUUCUGCCUCUAGCCUUGACGCAAUCAAAGGUUACAAAAGUAGAAGCCAGUACGUCCAAGAAAUUAGAAAAAUCCUCCUCAGUCUUCUACCAUCAGAAAGGCCAUGCCUCACGUGGGCAUUAAAGGCAAUGAGGAAGCAGACACCCUGGCAAAAGAAGCGGCAAAGGAGGUCUCAAGAACAGAACUGCCAGAUAAAUUACCUAGGUCUCAUCUCAAAAAGAUCACUCUAA